AUGUCCACUAUCACACAGACCAUCGCGCGGGAGGCGCCAGCAACAGGGCUCCUUGGGCUCAAGACCAACAAUGUCCACCCACCAUGCACCAUGCUUCGCGUCAGCGGCACGAACAUUGUCAACGCGGCAGGCGAACAGGUCGUUCUCAAGGGCGCUGGUCUUGGCGGCAUGCUGAACAUGGAGAACUUCAUCACAGGCUACUCUGGCCAUGAGCAUGAGCAUCGCGCUGCACUGGCAGAGGUUCUCGGCAAAGAGAAGGCCGAGUUCUUCUUCUCUCGGCUUAUUCACCACUUUUUCACAGAAGCAGAUGCCGCACUCUUCGCGUCGCUAGGCGUGAACUGUCUGCGCAUCCCCUUCAACUACCGCCACUUCAUGGAUGAUGACAAUCCUAGUGUCAUCAAGCAGGAGGGAUUUGCCCUGCUCGACCGUAUUGUUGACAUCUGCGGGCGUCACAAUAUUUACGUCAUCCUCGACUUGCACGCCGUUCCAGGUGGUCAAAACCAAGACUGGCACAGCGACUCCGGCUUGAGUCGCGCUUUGUUCUGGGAGUUCCGAGACUUCCAGGAUCGUGCCAUCCAGCUCUGGGAGGCUCUGGCAAGACAUUACGCUGGCAACCCUGUUAUUGCGGGAUAUAAUCCUCUCAAUGAACCCGCAGACCCGCAGCACACCCGCCUUCAGGCCUGGUACGAGCGCGCCGAGAAGGCCAUCCGCGCCAUCGACCCCGAGCAUAUUCUUUUCGUUGACGGAAACACGUACGCUAUGGACUUCCGCGCUUUUGACCCUGAGAAGCCUCUGCCCAACACCGUUUACAGCUGUCACGAUUACAGCAUGAUGGGCUUCCCUCUGCCUGAGCAGUAUGAAGGCACAGAGGAACAAAAGUCCAAGCUGCGCUCAAGCUUCAACCGCAAGGUCGAGUUUAUGCGCCAAGCCGGCGUGCCGAUCUGGAACGGGGAAUUUGGCCCCGUGUACCAGAACCCAAGAAUCGAUCCUGACGCCGCGGUCACCAAUGCCAAGCGUUUCGCCCUGCUGAAAGAGCAACUGUCCAUCUAUCGUGAAUUUGGUGGUGUGUCGUGGAGUAUUUGGCUCUACAAGGAUAUCGGCUACCAGGGUAUGGUGUACCUCGACCCCGAGAGCCCGUAUAUGCGCCUCAUCCAACCCUUCGUCGAGAAGAAGCAGAGGCUCGGUCUUGAUUUCUGGGGCGUUGUCGACAAGAGCGGUGUCGAUGGUGACGUCUAUGGCCCUUUCAUUUCUAAGCUCAAGGCUAUGAUCCCGGAGCAUCUGCACAAAAAGAAGUACCCCAAUAUCUGGACCUUUGACCGCCAAGUCGAGAGGACUGUGCGGGAGCUGCUGAUGAGUGAAUACCUCGGCUACGAAUUUGCGGAGUUAUUCAAAGAUAAGACCGAGGAGGAGCUGGAGGAGCUGGCUGCCAGCUUUGCGAUUGAGAACUGCAGGACGAGAGAUGAACUCAACGACAUCCUGAGAGCGGAUGCUACACAGCCUACUACAAGCAGGGCAUAA